UAUUUUAGCUAAUUAACUGCACAGCGCUGUUUGCAGUGUAUGAUAUUGUCAUCAGGCUGGAGGAGUGUCCACAGCAGAAGUGAACCAGCUCUGGCAGCAGUGCCUGAUCACAGAAAUGCUUCCCGUUUUCUAACAAGCUACAGUACAGUACCUCUCUCUGCUCCUAAAGUGGAAGAAUAUACACUAUUUUGCCUAACUUCCUGUGGACCUGUUGUGUUUGCUUGUUUACUUACCUGACUGCUGGCUGCCUGGCUGCUACAGCCAAUGGAUUAAUCUGUUUAUUUGUGAGAAAGGUACAGCAGCAGACAGGAGGCAUGGGAAACCAAGCUGGAAGAGUGGAGGAGCUGGAACAAGGAGUUCCUUCAGCCAAAAAGUCUGGGAUUCCUGCCCCCAGGGAGAUUCCCACCACGAUAUCAAGAGACAGACUUUCACUGAGAGACCAGCUCCGGACCGCGAGCACUAAGAAAGUGGUGCCUAGUGCUAGCACUUCCAGCCUUUCAGCACUUGCCAAGCACUCCCGCCCUCCUGUUAAGGCAAAAUCAGACGGCGAAACAAAUGACAAAGCAAUCCUGGAGUGUCAGGUCAAAGAGCUGCUUGCCGAAGCCAAGGCGAAGGAAUUUGAAAUCAGUAAACUGCGCACUGAGCUGAAGCGCUGCAGAGACAGAGGGAUGCUGGAUGUGGUGACACCUGAGGGCACAGACCUCGACCUAGAGAGUCUCGUGGCCCAGCCUGCCGAGAUACAGUCCCUGGUCAAAACCAUGCGUGAGAAAAACAGGACAUUUCAGCGCGAGCUUGCAGCACUUAGGGAAGAGAAUCAGACUCUAAAGGAAAAGUGCUUCAUAAUGGAGCACUCUUCUCUCUCCAGUAGCAACAACUCAAAUGCCAGUCCUCCUACAUCUUUAGCCAGCCCUGCUAAAAACCCAGUGAAUGGGAUUGUGUUGGACACCUCCAGGACUCCCAUCAAUGGCAGCACUUUAAAGAAUUCAUCCUCUUCCAGCAGUGAUAUAACCAAGGGUUCUCCAUCACCAGAUUCAUCGGAGUUUGAGAAAAUCCCCUCUAGGUCAGACUCUAUAGGCAACAGCACCGGGAAGUCCAAAGGCUCAACGGGUCCCAAUUCACCACAGGCCAGGGACCUGUCUGUGGAAUGCUUGACAGAGCAGAUCCAGAAGAUGGAAGAGAGUCACCACAGCACUGCGGAGGAGCUGCAGGCCACUCUGCAGGAGCUCGCCGACCAGCACCAGGUUGUGCAGGAGCUGACAGCUGAAAAUGAGAGGCUGGCAGAGGAGAAGGGCCUGCUGCAGACCUCACUACAGCAGCAGAGGGAGCGUGUGGAGAACCUGGUCCAGAAGAACGAGAGCCUGUUGGCGCGACUGCAGGAGCAAUCCAAAAGUGAAGAAAGCGAGGCCAGAGCCGCCAGGAUCAGUGAACUGGAGCAGAGGUAUGCAGAGCUGGUAGAGAGCUCCAGAUUUGAACGAGAAAAGCUGGUGGACAUUCAGCAGCAGCUGACAAGCAGCCUGAGAUCUCUGGAGAAGGAGCACCAGGAGGCACAGGGACUCAUCAGGACCCUGAAGGAGGAGAAAGAUCUCCUUCAGAACCGCAUAGAGAAGGAACAGGAGGUCGGCAGUAAAAUCACUAGGACGCUAGAGGAAUGUAAUUCCAGUAUGGAGGCACUGAAGGUGGAAAAUGGACGGCUGAAGGUACAGAUGGAUAUUGAGAGGCAGAAAGUGGCUGAGCUGAAGGCAAUGCAGAGUGCCAGCGAUAACACCGAGUUACAGCACCUUCUGAAGGCAGCACAUUCGGAGAAGGAACGGUUAGAAUUGUCUUGCACUGAACUGAAACAGGAGCUUUUGAAGGCCAACAGUGAGAUAGAUCGUGUGAAAGGAAUGUUGUCUAAGGCAGAGGCAGAAUGCCAGCGACUGCAGGAGCUGUGUGCGUCCCAGGAGAAGGAGGUGAGCAGCAGUGCCCAGCGCCUGGAGGAGAGGGCUGCUGAGAAGGACACCCAGAUCAAGGACUUGAAAGAGACCAUCUUCGAGCUGGAGGACCAGGUGGAACAGCACAGGGCUGUCAAACUGCACAACAACCAGACCAUCCUGGACCUAGAGAAUCAAGUCAAGAAGCUGGAAGAACAGAAAUCUGAUCUGGAGAAGCAGAUAAAAGCACUAAACAAACAGAUGAAGGAUGAUGCCGAGGAGUGGCGGCGUUUCCAGGCAGACCUUCAGACGGCAGUGGUGGUAGCCAACGACAUCAAGGUGGAGGCUCAGCAGGAGCUGCGCGGGCUGCGCAGGCGGCUGCAGGAAGAGCAGGAGCGCAGUGCCAAGCUGGCCGGAGAGGUAGAGCAGCUGCAGGGGAGCAGGUUGAAAAAUGAGGAGGCUUAUUCGUCGGACACUGACACAAGCCCUCACUGGUGUGGGAUCUCUGUGUCUCAGAUACCCACUGCUUCCUCCGAGUCUGGCACCACUGUGAAGUCUCUCAUUAAGUCUUUUGACUCCGCACUACAGGGUAAGAUGCCAUUCAUUUUGCCUGCCAGUUCUCCUAUGAGACAUAUUAAAUAUCUGUGUUAUCGUCUUGAACUUCUUAUUCCAGACAAGCUGACAGGGUCAAAUGACGAGAUGAAACCCACCAGCCUGAUGAGAAAAAGCCCCUCUCUGGAAUCUGUCAUUAAAACCCCAGCGGCACUGAGCGGGAGGACCUCUUCCCUCAGUUACCCCAAAGCCAACAGCAAGCUGAGAACCGACCUCAUCACUCAGGAGGAAGGAGGCCUGAGUAUAGCAUCAUUCCCCUCAGCCUCUUGGGGAGAAAAGAAAGUGAUGAGGUUGGCCUUGAAACCAGACAUAAGAAAUGAAAAGAAACAAAUGAGUGUAGAGUCAUCUGAGCAAUACCCCGGAGUGACAGCCCUGGCCCCCAUCCCAGUUCCCAACAUUUACACUGGCAGUGGAUACAAGAGAACAGGAGAGUCAGGAAAUAGCCCACUGCCGGCAGGGACUGCUCCAGAGACGCCAGGGCAUCAGACUCUCCCCACUCCCAAAACACACCUGGCAUUUGUUUGUACAACGCCAAAGCAUAACCUUCUGAACAUCGAUGUGACGAACUUCAGCAGCAGCUGGAGCGACGGCCUGGCGUUCUGUGCCCUCCUGCACACCUACCUCCCAGCACACAUCCCCUACCAGGAGCUCCUCAGCCAGGACAAGAGCAGAAAUUUAACCCUGGCUUUCCAAGCAGCAGAAAGUGUUGGCAUCAAACCGUCCCUGGACAUUAACGAGAUGAUGCACACAGAUCGACCGGACUGGCAGAGUGUCAUGCAGUACGUGGCGCAGAUAUAUAAGUAUUUCGAGACCUGAGAAGACCAGCCUGCAUCAGGAAGUGAAGUGCACAGACACAGCAGCACUUUCCUACAAGUCAAAGCUUUUGUCACUGCCUUUUAGAGCAAACUCAAGUACACCAUUAACUCUUCGUCUUGUGAAAUCUUUUCUUGAAGAACUGAAUUUGCUUGGAGUUCAGGGUAAUAUUUUGUGCACCCAAGAUCUAACAAUAAUGGCGACUUGUUGUGCAGGACUAAGAGUAGGUUUCAACUGUUUUCAUCUUUACAAUUGUAAUUAUAACUCACAUGACUUUAUGGAAAUGUAAUCCUGGUGUGUUUCCAGUGUUUGAACACUAACUUGCAGCUGUGUGCCAUAGGAAACCUAUUUAUUUAUAACAAGUGGUACUGUUAUAGAAUUCUAAAUAUUAAAACUUAAAUAACAUCC